CACAGGUUUAAUAUUUUCCAGUACAUCCUUCAAUGAUUUUUAAACCAUGAGUCGUGCUUCAGAACAAAUUCUGCCAGAAGAUUACUUUCUGGCAGAAGAGGGAUUGUUACUAGAAGAAAUGGUAGAAGAAGAUGAAGAUAUUGAUCUGUACAAUGAAGUGACCUUUGGAUUAGAUCAAGAUUCUGAAGAGGAGAGCACAAAACCAGAUGUUGAGGAGGAGAAGAAAUUGGACCAGAAAGAGGCCAUUAAGAAUGCAGACCCUAUUGUUCAAGCCAAAAAAGAUGACAAAAAAUCCCAAUUCCAGGAAGUGAAAACUGUGGUGGAAUCGCCUAAACACGAUGCUCCUUCUAUGAACAUGGAUGAUCAUCAUGAUUCAUCAGACCUGGAUGAAUCUGAACUGGGAGACCCUGCAGUGAUGAAGGCUUUCCAUGGAAAACCGACUUUGGAGAGCAUGGACAGUGCAGUUGUAGACAGUGGAAUUGGAUCUGCUUGGGCUGAGUUUGAUACAGAAUAUGAUACGAGUGGAAUGGAUUCUGGAAUGUGGGAAGCUUCCCCGAGGGCAUCAGUAGGUCAAAUAUUAGAGGAUAAAGCGAUCCUUCGAAUCAUGGAUAAGGCGCCUUAUCUCCCACAAGCCAACUUGGAUUUCCUUGACUCUCCAAUCCAGAGAGGUUAUUUGUGUUCGCCAAGACUCCAAUGCCCAGAAAUGGGUAUAAUGUCUCCUAAACCUUAUCGUCAGCGUUUCAUGAGACAGCAAUCUCCAUUAACAGGCCGCCCAAUGCGUCCAGGAUAUCCAUUUACUCCACCGAGGAGAGUUCCUCCAAAUUUCACACAAAAUCAGUCUCCAGGUUUUAUGUCACAGACCCCCUUUAGGCCGAUGUCUCCCAAUGUCAGUACACCAGCCAGACCCAUGACUCCCAAAAUGGUCCGAAUGCAUUUUGGGCCGAUGUCACCCAGCCCCAGCCUGUCUCCAUUCUUCAGCCCAAUGGGCAACACGUUGCAAAGGUUUAAAGUUCCAGGACAUGUAACGCAGCUCCAUCCCCAGCAUCGGCGAAUUCUUAACCAACGCCAGAGAGCACAGAGCUCCUCCCGGAAACAGUGGGACAGUAGGCUGGAUCCCUAUGCUAGCUUAAUGUCUCAGAAGGAGAGAGAAUGGGUAAUUAAACUUCAGAUGAUUCAACUGCAAAGUGAAAAUCCACAUCUGGAUGAUUAUUAUUACCAGACCUAUUAUGAAAAAUUGGAACGAAGAUUAGCUGAAGAAGAGCUUUUUGGAGAGCGCAAAAAACGGGAACCCCCUAAACUGGUUACUCCUUAUAUUCAAAAGACCGAGACCUACGAAUCAGUGGUUCACAUUGAAGGUUCACUGGGACAGGUGGCUGUUUCAACCUGCUACAGCCCCCGAAGGGCCAUCGAUGCAGUUUCUUAUAUUGUACCCGAUGAGGAUAUUAAAGCUCUGGGUUACCAGCGGUUGCAGGUACUCAAGCAUAUUGAGAAGUUAUUCCUAAUGCUGCUAGAGGUAGAAGAGAUGGAGAGGAAAGUGCCACAUCUCUCUGACGAACAACACGUUCGCUUCCAGCAGAAACAGAACUACAAAGUAGAAAGACUGUACGAUGCCCUCAAGAUCGCAACAUGCAAUCCUGACGAUGAAACAGAAAAUGCGUUCUUGCAGCUGUUACAAGUUGGCAAAGGCAAGAAACUAAUUGCGAGACUCCUUCCUUUUCUGCACAGUGAGCAGGCAGCACAGAUACUUCUCAUAGUUGUCCAACAUUUGUCUUUCCUUAUUAAGAAUGAUGUCACUGAAAAGUCUCUACCAGUUCUCUAUGAACCUCUGACUGUUGUAAUAAAUGGGCUUGCAUUCUCUGAACUCAUUGGAAUCAUUCAAGAACUCACCCAGUUUUAUCCAGAUUCUAAAGAUUUGCCACUAACUAUGGCAUUCCAGAACCAGUUUGGGAUAUCUCUGUUGUAUUCUUUAUUGAGUCAAGGAGAGAGGCUGCUGUCAUCUGACACUCCGAUGGAACCCUGUAUUGGUGACUUUGAAAAAUGGACGGACACUGUGUUCUUGGUUGCAAAAGAACUUUCCCACGUUUCAAAGUCCUCCAUGGUGGAACCACUUUUCUUACCUAGCAACUUGCUUUCGUUAUUUUGCCGUUACCUGGACAAACAGACUAUUCAUAAACUUGAGGACAAAAUGGACUGUCCGAAAAUACCAACAUAUGCAGCUGACCCUUCAUGAGGUUUUGAAAGUCAUCUAAAGAUCCAGCCGCUGCUUCAC